CUACUCAGCGCUUCCAAAAACUAAGAUAUAGUUGCAGAAAGGAGGAACGUGUAGUGUGUAGAACUAGUUGACGUUGUCUCCGGCUCUACUAGUUAGGUCUGCACUGCAGGGACACUUAAUCGAAUUCUGUCGGAAACAUGCGAUGCAUGGUUUCCGUCGGCAGGCAGGCGUUGCGGCAUGACUGAAAUUUUGCUAACGUUGUUCGCACAAUGUUGGGAAAGCAAGGAGGCACAUUUGGGUGUAAAAGGAAGAGCGGUGAUGCCCUAGUCUCAGAUCACAGAGCUGGAAAAUCAAGGAAGCUGCAUGACAACACCGGGGAGCCAGAGUUAUCCCCACAGCCUCAGGAAUCAAAGGGCACUCCAUGUCUGUCACUGUCCUUUGAUGAAGUCCAUAAAACUAUAACCCAGAAACAGCUAAUAGAAUUACUUCUGUUUGCUGCUUUGGGGGUUAAACACAAUGUGAAACAGCCAAGUUGGUGUUACCUCCAUCACCAGAAGAAUAUAUGUGGAGUUAACGUGACAGUUUUAGAGGGCCUCACUCAACUCCAUUUUUACAGAUACUACCUACAGUUCAAAAAUCUCAGGAAGAGGUACAGGAUUAGGCAAAGUUUUCUGCCUUCCUCUGGCAAUGUGCUGUCUGACAUCUUCAAUACCAAGCUGCCAGUUUCAGAAAGUAACAGUCCAUUACCUGAGAGAACUAUAUCUGUGACCACAAACAACUUGGAUCAUCAGAAAGAAGACCUCACCUGGCACCCUGUCAUCCGCAAAUAUGGAACAGAGACACAAGGUCUCACUCACUACUUGCUGAGCACUGAGGAGAUGGGCAAGAAAGCCUUCCCUUUGAAGGGGCACCCUGGCUAUGAAACGUUUCUGUGCACGGAGAGUGAUGACUGUGUCUCAGACAGCAGUCCCCUUUAUGGCCUCGACUGUGAAAUGUGUUUGACAGAGCGUGGAAAUGAGCUGACGCGUGUCUCCCUGGUGGACAGCGGGGGUCGCUGUCUGCUAGAUGAGCUAGUGAAGCCAGAGAAUCGAAUCCUCAACUACCUUACCAGGUAUUCAGGGAUCACAAAAGCUUUGCUAAAACCGGUAACGACAAGGCUGAAAGACGUCCAGGCCAAGCUGAAGGAGACCUUACCCCGUGAUGCUGUGCUUGUGGGCCAUUCUCUCAACCAUGACCUUCAGGCUUUGAAUCUGAUCCACCCUCACGUCAUUGACACUUCGCUGCUUUUCAGAAGGGAAUCUGGCCAGAGGUUUAAACUGAAGUUUUUGGCAGAGGCUGUGUUGAACAAAAAGAUCCAGUGCGAGGGGAAGAAUGGUCACAAUCCAACAGAGGAUGCUGUGGCCGCCCUGGAGCUGGCGCAGUAUUUCAUCAGCAGAGGCCCGAAAAAGGUUGUUGAGUUAAAUUUAGAUGGAGUAUGGCGAGGACAUGCCACAGUGAAGGAGACACCGGUGAAUGGGGCUGUGCACAUACCUCACAUCAGGUUCACAGAGGCUCUCCAGGCUGCAGGUCGGUCUGCGGUUCACUUGGGCAGAGCAGCGAGGAUAGACACAUCACGGACUGCAGGGCAGUGGCGCACGGUGAAGUGUAUCUCGGAUGGGGAGGUCCUGUCCUCCUUCAAAAGGGAAAUACCAUCAUGCUUUUUCAGCGUGGUGCAGUUUCCAUCUUUAGCAGAGAAAACAGAGGCUUUCUCAACUGGCAAGAAAAGUGAUGAACUUUUUCAAAAGAUGCUUGCCAGGCAGAGAGAAAUGUGCACAGUUUAUGUGGGACCUUUACCCAAGGACUGGACUGCAAUGUCAGUGAGGAAGCUGUUUCGGAGAUGUGGUCCCAUUCAGUCUGUGAGGCUGCUAAAUUUCACAAAAAGAGCCCAUGCAAUUGUUGAAUUUGAAUUGCUGGAAGGAGCUUGCCUGGCCGUGGGUUCAUUAAAUGGCUAUGAGCUGGAUGGCCACUCUAUUAAGGUGCUGAGGCCUGUCAAGGAGUCCACACUGGAUUUGGAGGUGAUCUUGCAGGAGCUGGAGAAUGAUGUGCUCAAUGAGAAUGUCAUCUACAUCUCUGGAAUGCCAGAACAGGACCUUCAACAGGCCUUCUGCCAGUUUGGCACCAUUGAGGGCAUGGCUCUGCCCAAGAAACCCUCCUUGAGGAAGCACAGGAAACAUGCAUUCAUAAAGUAUCAAAAUGUGGAGAGCAUGGAGGCUGCCUUAAACUCAUCUGUGGAACAUAAAGGCAGAAAAGUAAAGGUGUGUAAGGCUUUGACUCCCUCCCACCUCCAGUCAUGGACUGGCCAGACACAGCUUCAACAGUAUCAUUCUGAGGAGUGGAACUCAGGGGAAGGUGAAUCCAGUGUACCUGAAGAAUCAGACUACUCUGAUCAGCAGCUUUGUCAUGAGAGUGAAAUGAAGGAUCUGAUGAGAAAACUUGACCGUAAGGUGGGCAAACUUUUCAAGGCUCUACCGAAAAACACUCUGAGUGUAAUUCUUCUUCCUGGACAGACAAGAGCUGAUGGAGAUUUCUCAGGUCUAUGUUUGAUUGGGGUCAAAGGGAGUUCCUCAGCCGAAUCUAAGAAGAAUUCUGGAUCUGAACUGGAACGGGACAGUGAAAGAAUUGUGACUCACUGCUGAUGAUGUUUUGUUCAAUGCAUGUUUUGUUCAAAUCAACGUAUUGUGGAUUCCAUAAAUGUUUAGCUACUUUGCCAAAUUGUUUGCCUUAAAUAACGUUAUCAUACAGUAUCCCCCUUUUAUAAAU